UCAAACACGAUGAGUUUUGUUGCAAAGUAUAUCAGUGUCCAUGCUGUGAUUUUGGGACUGCUGCUACCUCAGGCAAUCCCAUGCAAUGUGACGGGAAUGUGGCGAAAUGAGCUGGGCUCUGUGCUUGAUAUUGAGGUGGUCGGUUCUGAGCUCCGAGGCCGUUAUCAGAGUGCAGUGGAGACUGCUCCAGGAGUCACGGGUCCAGAACAACAGGCGAAGCUACUGGGUGUGACUAGUAAUCGGGGUCUGCAAACCUCUGUGGCUUUCUCUGUGUUAUGGGAGGCAGUUUCCUGUAGCUCUUGGGUUGGUCAGUGUUUCCAACUGCCUGAUGGGAAGCGAGUGCUGAAGACACUGUGGAUGCUGCACUCUGUGGCUUCAUGCCCUGCAGACAACUGGAAGAGUACCAGGAUGGGAGAGGAUACGUUCGUCUUCAUUUCCUGAAAGCAGAACGUACUGAUCAUCUGACUGCUGCAUUUGGUUUGCUGCCCUCUACUGAAUUUUCUUUGAACUCUCUCUGUAGAAAUCAUCUGUUUUAAACUCCCUGGGCUGCUUUCUCAUCCAUGCAAUAAAUUAUGAAACUUGUUCAAUUCAUGAAUACAAAUGUGUUAUUUACCUUGUCUUGCCUGACAUAAAUAAAAGUUUAAACUCA